CCACUCGCCUCUUCCAGCCCCGGCGGGUCUUCAGGAGGCCGUGCUGUCCUGCUUCCCCCUCGGCUUGAGUUCCCACCGGGUGGAGAGCGGCGGCGCGAGUGGCAGAGAGACCAGGCUCGAGCGCGCGCGGCGGCGGGCGGCGGGCGGGCGCGCGGCCGGCCCGGGGAGCCGCGGGGGAGGAGCGCCCGCCGCCCUCCCGCCUGCCGCUCGCGCGCCCAACGGACCAGGCAGGGGCCGUGAGGUAACUGUAGCAGCCCGCAAGAGCUGGGAAGCGACGCUGAGUCUCCAGUCCCGAGAGGAGCCCGAGGGAAAAGGAGGGGGCAGCCGAAGCCGUCCCAGAGAGAAGCCCCUGCUGCCCCUCUUUUGAGUCAGCAUGUCGCGGACUCCGCCGUUCCUCCGCCCGCGCGGCGAGGACCCCGGGCCGCGGCGGCGGGCGCAGCCCUGACGCGCUGCGGAGCGGAGGGGUGACCCGAACGCUGGGGCUGGGGGUCGGGGAGCGCGAGGGGCCGCAGCGGUCCGAUCACGGCGUGCUGAGCCCCGCGGCUGCCCCCGCGUCCCGGCCAUGAGGGGGGACGAGCGAGACGCCAAAGCCAUGCGGUACUCGCAGGCGCCAGAGCGGGCCGGCUCGCCCCCUGAGAGUCUGAGGAACGGCUACGUGAAGAGCUGUGUGAGCCCCUUGCGGCAGGACCCUCCGCGCGGCUUCUUCUUCCACCUCUGCCGCUUUUGCAACGUGGAGCUGCUGCUGUCGUCGCCGGCCUCUCCCCAGCAGCCGCGGCGCGGCUCCCCCUUCUCCCCGGCGCGGCUCUCGCUGGGCGUCCUGGCCGCCUUUGUCUUCGCCCUGCUGAUCGGCUCGGGACCCGGGAGCUGGGCUGCGGGGGCCGCCCUGUUGCGGACCCUGCUGAGCGUCUGCUCGCACAGUCUCAGCCCCCUCUUCAGCAUCGCCUGUGCCUUCUUCUUCCUCACCUGCUUCCUGACCCGGACCAAGCGGGGCCCCGGCCUGGCUCGGAGCGGCGGCAGCUCCUGGUGGCUGCUAGCACUGCCCGCCUGCUGUUACCUGGGGGACUUCUUGGUGUGGCAGUGGUGGUCUUCGCCUUUUGGGGACGGAGACGCAGGGAGCCCUCAUCCGCCGCCGCCCCCUGCCCCGCAUUCGCCCCCGGCGGUGGCGGGCAGGUUGUUCUUGGUGCUGAGCUGUGUGGGUUUGCUGACGCUCGUGCACCCGGUGAGGCUCCAGCACAGCAUCCUGGUGCUGCUGUUCUCCAGUUUCGUCUGGUGGGUGUCGUUCACCAGCCUUGGAUCUCUGCCUUCAGCCCUCAGGCCGCUGCUUUCCUGCCUGGUGGGGGGCGCUGGAUGCCUGCUGGCCCUGGGGCUGGAUCACUUCUUUCAAAUCAGGGAAGCUCCUCAUCCUCGGUUGUCCAGUACCGCGGAAGAAAAAGUGCCUGUGAUCAGACCCCGGAGGCGGUCCAGCUGCGUGUCGUUAGGAGAAAGUUCAGCCAGUUACUAUGGCAGUUGCAAAAUGUUCAGGAGACCUUCGUUGCCUUGUAUUUCCAGAGAACAGAUGAUUCUUUGGGAUUGGGAUUUGAAGCAAUGGUACAAACCUCAUCAGAAUUCUGGAGGUGGAAAUGGAGUUGAUCUUUCAGUGCUAAAUGAGGCCCGCCACAUGGUGUCAGAUCUUCUGAUUGAUCCAACCCUUCCCCCUCAAGUUAUUUCUUCCCUACGGAGUAUCAGUAGCUUGAUGGGUGCUUUCUCAGGUUCCUGUAGGCCAAAGAUUAAUCCUCUCACACCAUUUCCUGGAUUUUACCCCUGCUCCGAAGUAGAGGACCCGACUGAGAAAGGAGAUCGAAAACUUCACAAGGUACUAAACAGUAGGAAUAGCUUACCGACACCACAGCUGAGGAGGAGUUCAGGAACGUCAGGUCUGCCACCUUUUGAACAGUCUUCUUCAAGGUGGGAACACAAUAGCAGCAUAUGGGCUCAGCAAGGAUUUGGUGUGUCAAGUCAAGGAUGCUAUCUAAAUGGGCCUUUUAGUUCAAAUCUACAGACAAUCCCGAAGCAGAGGUCAUCUUCUGUGUCGCUGACUCACCAUAUAGGUCUGAGAAGACCUGGUGCUUUACACAGUCUGAGUCCUGUGAAUUCUCCCAGCCAUGGGCCAGUGUCUGCUGGCUCUCUAACUAACCGGUCACCCGUAGAAUUUCCCGAUACUGCUGAUUUUCUUAGUAAGCGAAGUGCUAUUUUACACAAAUCUCUGGGCAAUGCACCCAAUACACCAGAUUUUUAUCAGCAACUUAGAAAUUCUGAUAGCAAUCUGUGUAACAGCUGUGGACAUCAAAUUCUGAAUUAUGUUUCAACAUCUGAAUCAGAAUCUGGUACAGACUGUCACAAUGGAAAAUCAGGUGAAGAAGAAAGUACUGCGUUCCCAAAAGAAUCUUUCAGCCUUACAGAAACUGAACAGGAAGAGCAAAUAGAGAAGAGAAACUACAGAAAAUUAUUUUUGGAAGGUGAUAAUUACCUAACUGAAGAGGCACAGAAUGAACAACAACUAAAUAUUAAACCAGAAUCAUCAUUGGACUUGAUUUUAAUAGAAGAUCAUGACUCAUUAAUAGAAAAGAUGAGCAACUGGAAUUUUCAAAUUUUUGAACUUGUAGAAAAGAUGGGAGAGAAAUCAGGAAGAAUUCUCAGUCAGGUUAUGUAUACCUUAUUUCAAGACACUGGCUUAUUGGAAAUAUUUAAAAUUCCCACUCAACAGUUCAUGAACUAUUUUUGCGCAUUAGAAAAUGGCUAUCGAGACAUUCCUUAUCACAAUCGUAUACAUGCCACAGAUGUCCUACAUGCAGUUUGGUAUCUGACAACACGGCCAAUUCCUGGCUUUCAGCAGAUCCGCAGUGAUCACGGAACAGGAAAUGAAACCGAUUCUGAUGGUCAAAUUAACCCUGGGCAAAUAGCUUACAUUUCCUCAAAGAGCUGCUCUAUUCCAGAUGAGAGCUAUGGCUGCCUGUCUUCAAACAUUCCUGCACUGGAGUUGAUGGCUCUGUAUGUGGCAGCUGCUAUGCACGAUUAUGAUCACCCAGGGCGGACAAAUGCAUUUCUUGUGGCUACAAAUGCCCCUCAGGCAGUUUUGUACAAUGACAGAUCUGUUCUGGAAAAUCAUCAUGCUGCAUCAGCUUGGAAUCUGUACCUUUCUUGCCCAGAAUACAACUUUCUUCUUAAUCUUGAUCAUGUGGAAUUCAAACGCUUUCGUUUUUUAGUCAUUGAAGCAAUCCUUGCCACAGAUCUUAAAAAGCAUUUUGAUUUCCUUGCUGAAUUCAAUGCCAAGGCCAAUGAUGUAAAUAGCAAUGGUAUAGAGUGGAGUAAUGAAAAUGAUCGCCUCUUAGUGUGCCAGGUGUGCAUCAAACUGGCAGACAUAAAUGGCCCAGCAAAAGUUCGGGACUUGCAUUUGAAAUGGACAGAAGGCAUCGUCAAUGAAUUUUAUGAGCAGGGAGAUGAAGAAGCAAAUCUUGGUCUACCCAUUAGUCCCUUCAUGGAUCGUUCUUCUCCUCAACUAGCAAAACUGCAAGAAUCUUUUAUCAGCCACAUAGUGGGCCCCCUGUGUAACUCCUAUGAUGCUGCUGGUUUGCUACCUGGUCAGUGGAUCGACGCAGAAGAGGAUGAUGAUACUGAAAGUGGUGAUGAGGAAGAAGAUGGUGAAGAAUUAGAUACAGAUGAUGAGGAAAUGGAAGACAAUCUCAAUCCCAAACCACAAAGAAGGAAAGGCAGACGGCGGAUAUUUUGUCAGCUAAUGCAUCACCUCACCGAGAACCACAAGAUCUGGAAGGAAAUCAUAGAGGAAGAAGAAAAACGCAAAGCUGAUGGGAAUAAACUGCAAGUGGAGAAUUCCUCCCUACCUCAAGUAGACGAGAUUCAGGUCAUUGAAGAAGCAGAUGAAGAGGAAGAGCAGCAGUGUGAAUAAGAAAAGGCGUAUUGACAAAGCUCUGAGGGAUGUCCCCAGGUUCAGAAAUCAUUGCCUAGUUUCACUGUGCUGACUUUCAGCUGACCCAUUCCCACAUGGGCAGGCCUUAAUACUGUGAGAGGAUCCUUGCUGUGCUAGCAGUUUCCCAUUCCUAUGCACUUUUACCACGUAAACUAGAAAAUUAUCCUUAAAGCUUGGCUCACAUUGACCCAUUUUGCAAAGCCCUUACUUACUUAAUGCCUUCACUGGAGUAAAAAUACUUGGCCAGAAUGCUGCUUUGCUAAAUAGUCAGCUCUUAUUUUUCAUGAGGGGUAGCUAUAACUAAAAAGAACUCAAGUGACUUACUUCAGUUUCCGAAGUGGCCGGAACAUUUUGCUUUCAUGAAAACAAUUCAUAUUACAUUACGUUUUCAGAUGUGUCUUUUAUGUCUUUGAGUGUUUUGAAAAAAACGUCUGUGCCUAUCUAGAAAGGAAUCCAGUGCUGCCUUUCUGAGGGAUCUCUGCUCAAUGCAAUUCACCGUGCAGUGCUGUUCUUCGAGCUAUGUUUAUCCAGGAAGGAUGGAGUGACCUUUGUUAUAUUUAACAAAAUCAAGGUGCAUCAAUUUCUGAUGCUUUUUUACUGUUGUAUAUUAUUUACUAUUUGUGCUUUAUUUCUGCUCAGAGUAUUCAGGUUUGCCAUGGGUAUCAGAAGCCUGAAUUCCAGUCUUAAUUGACUUGAUGUUUUGUGGUAGAAUUUUAAAGCUGUUUAGAUUUAACAAUGAAGGAAUUUUAUUCUUUAAUCAAAACUGUUCUUAUUUUUACUUUUGCUCAGGAUUAGUGUUUUUAAAUAUUUAAUUAAAAUAAACACAGCACAGAUUUGUGAGAAGAAAAAAAUUUUGUCCUGAUGUUGUUAAAGUUUUAUGAAAUAAGCAUCAUUUUCUCUCUUCUUAGAUAAAUCUGAGGCUAAUUAAAGCCAAAGAAAAGGAGAUAUAUGUCUUUUACAUUCAUGCUAAAUCAAAUGAAACUACUCCUAUCAAAGAUAAAGAAUAAAAGAAAUAUACUGAGCUCUGAAGCACACUCAUACUGCAUGAAAAAUUGGAACAUGGAGUUAUUUUAGAUGUCAUGGGUCUGGUUAUUGUAAAUCUAUCAGUCACCUUUCUGUUAAUUUUCCUCUGACUCAAGACUACAUGACAGAAAUGACUUAUGUUAGCUUAAUACUUGUAGAGUAUAAACUUUAAGUCUUAUUUCUGAGAUGAAGUAAAUGGUGGGACUACUUUUUAAAUUUUUGUAUAGCAAAUUAAAUAUUUUAGCAAAUCAUUUCACACAAGAGCACAUUAUUAAAUAACCACAAGUAUUAAGAUUAUUGCAAAGAAAAUGGACCAAUUUUACAAUAUUGUAAGCUUGUUGGGGUGCAGAUAUGUAUUUUAGUGAAAAUGUUCAAUGAUAUAAAGAACUACCAAGAUGACAGCAAGAUGGUAGACUAAUAUUUUCCAUUUUUCUUGGAGACCAUAUCAGAAUAAACUAUUUUUGGGUCUAUGCAGCUUUUGUUGACAGUGAGACCAUGAAUUUUCCAAAGUAAUUCCUUUAAAUUAUAAUACUGGCAGGCAAUUUCUUACCUAUCUAGAAUAUUAGCUCAUUUGAAAGAUAUCAAAGAUCUAGGGAAGUGUUGGGAUUUUUGAUUCUGCACAUUAUCACAAUAUUUAAUCGGUCACUAAGCUUUACUAUUAGAUACAUUGAGUGUUGAGUUCCUGCUUGCCACUUGCUCUAUCAUUGCCACAUCAUUUGUAAACCAGUCCCACCAUAUAUUACUAAGAAGUAAAAUUUUAACUGAUAACAUUUGUUUGCACUUAUAAUGUAUAUAUCAUAUGCUUAUAUUUCUGUUAGAGUACAUUUUUCAUACUGCAUAAGUGUAUUUCUGCUACUGAUUCCUCUACUAUAGAAUACAUAUAAGUGUAUGUGUAUAAAUUCAAACAGGUGCAUGUAUGCAUAAUGAGACUCAAUCAAAUUUCUAUACUUUCUUUUUUGUUGAAUUUUUGUUUUGGAGGUUCUUUAGUGUAUAUUUUAUUUUAUUUUCUCAAAAUAAGAAUGUUUUUAUUCUGUUAAAAUACCAUUACUGGGAACUCAUUUUAAAAUAAUUUUAAAUUAUUAAAUUUUGAUGUUAAUGCUAUAACCCUUGCUAAAUAAUUGACAUACACCAAAAACAGCCCAAAGAAACACUGAAACAUAUCCUUGCUGAAACUUUUAAAGUCAUAAUUGUAAGAAAUGAAUGUGAGAGUACAUUAUGUAUAUCCAGUGCUAUUAAAUGGACUCUUACUUGAGGAAUUGCCUGCGUCAUCACAGAUCCUAUUUUGGUUGCUACUGAAUCAGAUUAGUUUUAUUAUAAUAAUUUUGGCCAUGAAUUUGUUGGUUGUUAUAGGUCACUGGUCUUGGAAACAGUAUUUUAGGGCUCUAAUAUAUCUGUGUCUUCUGUAUUAGGAUUCUCUAGGGAAACAGAAUCAACAAGAGAUAUCUGUAAAUAUAAGAUUUUAUAAAAGUGUCUCACACAAUUAUGGGGAUGCAUGAGUCCAAAUUCCGUAGGGCAGGCAGUGAACU